UUUUAUUAUAAAUUAUGGGUAAAAUUUAAAUAGAGAAAGAGGAUAAAGAUUUAAAGAAGGAUAAAAAGCUGAAUAAAAAGAAAUAAGUAUCUUUCAAAGGUGAUAUGGAUCUUGAAAAACCUAGGGGUAUUAAGAAGAAAGUGAUAAAAUAAACUAGUGAAUAAAUUAAACAAAAAUUAAUAAAAAAAAAAGUACAAUAACUAAAUCAAAUAAAAACUCAAACUUAAACUGCUACAUAAAAGAAGGUUGAAAUAUUUAAAGAAUUUAAUAAAAAUAUUGAAUAAUAGAUUUAGAUUCCAAAAACUUCGACUAAAGGUUAGAGAGAAAGAUGGCUAAAGAAAUAAAAAAUUUUAAAAAAGAAGGUAAUCAUUCAUUAAUAUGAAAGUUAUUAGAUAAGUACAUUAUUACAAAAUAAAAAUAGGAACCAUAAACUUUUAUUUUAGAUUCAUUGAAAAAUAAUUUAUAAGCUAUUGAUAAGCAAAAUGAGGAAAAAUUAAAGUAAUUAGAAUUAGAAAGAAACAAGGGAACUUCAAGUCACUUAAGAAAUAAGUUGUUAAAGGAGGAUUAAAUCAGAAUGAAGCAAGUUUUCUAGAUUAAACCUUUCUAAGAUAAUCCUUUAGCAACGAUGAAAAUGCAUCUAGAAAACACAUAUUCUAAAAAGUGA